AUGACGACGAGAUAUCGUGUCGAGUAUGCCCUCAAGACGCACAGGCGGGAUCAAUUCAUCGAAUGGGUCAAGGGCCUGCUGGCAGUCCCGUUUGUUCUGUACUCGCAACCCACAGGCCUUCCUGGGGAUGAUGCCAGCGUCACCAAGAUGGCCGAGGAGGCGCACAGGCGGUACGCAGAAAUCAUGCGAGACGUCGAGCUGAUGAUUGACGAUCACAUCCUGCGACAGAGACAGUACCUAUCCCAGAUGCAGGCCCAGGACGGUCCUUACGCGGGCUUCAUCUCCCCCGUGCCCUCCAAACUAGGCAUGCUGGUUCCAACAGCCGGCCCCUUCUUCACGAGGCUGCCCCUGGAAGCCGCCUUCAAGUACCAGGACCGGAAGCGAUACAUCUCGUCCCGGCGCUACGUGGCCCCGUCCUUCAACGAUGUACGUCUGAUUCUCAACUCGGCGCAAAUCAUGGCCGUCACGGGCGGUGCGCUUCAGCUAGCCACGUUUGAUGGUGACGUGACCCUGUACGACGACGGGGAGAGCCUGGAACCGUCGAGUCCCGUGAUUCCGCGAUUACUCGACCUCCUGCGGAAAAACAUUCGGAUCGGCAUCGUCACCGCUGCCGGCUACACCUCUGGUGAAGGGUACUACGGCCGUCUCCACGGGCUUCUGGACGCCAUUGCCGGCUCGGCGGACCUGGACGACUCGCAGAAGCACAACCUCGUCAUCAUGGGCGGCGAGGCCAACUAUCUGUUCACGUUUGACGCGUCGUCGCCGCACCGCCUGGCCUCGGUGCCCCGGCCCGACUGGCUCACCCCCGAGAUGGCGGCCUGGUCCGAGGCGGAGAUUGCGGCUCUUCUCGACGUGGCCGAGUCGGCCCUGCGCGACUGCGUGCGCACCCUGAACCUGCCGGCGACGAUUGUGCGCAAGGACCGGGCGGUGGGCAUCGUCCCGUCGGAGCCGCACCUGCGCAUCGCGCGCGAGAGCCUGGAGGAGACGGUCCUGGUGGUGCAGCGCAUCCUCGAGCUGAGCCACCUGGGCGCGCCGCAGACGCAGCCGCAGACCCCCCAGAGCCAGACGGAGCCGCAGACGCAUUCCCAGAUGCAGUCCCCGGCCCAGGCCCAGGCCCAGGCCCAGGCGCGGCGCGGCGGCCGCCAGAGGGGGAUCCCGUUCUGCGCCUUCAACGGCGGGCGCGACGUCUUUGUCGACAUUGGAGACAAGAGCUGGGGCGUGACGGUGUGCCAGCAGUGGUUCGGACGGCAGGGCACGGCCAUCCGGGGCGAGAACACGCUCCACGUGGGAGACCAAUUCCUGAGCGCCGGGUCCAACGACUUCAAGGCCCGCAGCGUCGGCACCACGGCGUGGAUCGCCAGCCCGGCCGAGACGGUGGAGCUACUGGACGAGCUGGCGGACCUGAUGCAGAAGAAGCUGUCGUGA